AUGCUGGAAUGGCUAUGGGCGUUAAUUCUGAGGUACCACCAACCCUACGCCUAUUUCACGACCUUUCUAACGUAUUCUCUAAACUUUUUGCUGCUAUAUUUAAUCAAAUACAAGAGCCGAGGCGACUUCGGGCCGUAUCGAAAUUUGCUCAAGUAUUUGGCUAUUUUUAAUGUCAUCUAUUCCACCGCACACAGCCUCAUACUGCCGAAAGUUUAUGGUGGCCAGUACUACUUUUUCGUGGUGCCCACCGGGGCGCUGUCCGAUUUUUUGGAUCAGCAAGGUCAAACACUGCUAGGCGCAAUUAUCUCGUCGCUAUUCGGCGUUAAUAAUACCGUAUUGGCGAUCCACUUCGUGUUUCGCUAUAUACAAAUUUGCCAUUCUCACCGCGAUCGGCUACUUCGCGGCAAAAAUCAGCUGCUAUGGUUUGCCAUUGUUUUAAUUUGUUUCGGUAUCUGGAUGGUAACCUGUGUAAAUCUCGUCAGCCCUGCCCCUGAAAAAGACGUGUAUCUCAUCGAUUUCGAGACGUUCUCAAACCAUUCGCUGCGAAAUCGCGGCUAUGUCGGCCCGGCGUAUUGGAUCACGAGUAAUUCCGAGGUUGUCUUCAAUUACCGGGACAUGUUUGGCAUGCUGAGCCUUUCCUGUGCAGCUUGUGUGCCUUUGAAUGUGAUGUGUUUUUGCGGCUAUAAAACGUAUCAGGGAAUGAAGAGAACAGUUGGAAGUCCAAAAACUAAAAAACUGCAGCGACAACUGUUUAUAUCCCUAGUGGUUUUGACCACAAUCCCGUUGAUGGUCAUCUACGGGCCGAUGACGCUGCUCUUCAUCUGCCCGGCUUUUGGGAUAAAUACAGGACGCCUGGGGCUGCUUUAUCACUGCUUUCUCGUUGUUCCUCCCUUUUUCGACCCGAUCAUCUUAAUUUCUUUUAUAACGGACUAUCGACGCCAAGUCCAACGUUUUAUCCGCGACUACACCUGCCUGAAAAGCCUUGGGGGUACACAUCUCGAUCGCAUCACUUCAUACUCGGCGAGCAAGCAC